UCCACUUUUUCCUUGCUUCACAACAAAAUAGGAAAUUGCUGCGGGCUUAUCAGAGCAACAUAUCGCGCUUGAACAUUGCGUUACUCAAUAGUGUAGACCCGUUCUCGGAACAUUGUCGCGGUGCAGUGAUUAAUUUGCCUUAGGAGGUAGAAGUUUAGACUGGCAGUAGCAGCAGCAACAGUAUCAGCAGUACCAGCAUACCAGGCCAAAAUAUUAGGCUGUGCAAAAUGAGGUGAAACCAUAGGCAUUACAAUCUUCCGGAGAUGAUUCUCUUGCAAGCUUAAGUCGUUGUAAACAAACGGAUCCAGGAUCGCAAGGGUUACUUUAUCAUCGUAGAUUACGGCUGUGCGAUAAAAGGGAUCUUGCCAUCGGACGGGUGUACUCAUCGCGUACAUGCACAAAUCGUUCAGUACAGUUCCUGGGUGUUUCGGUAAAGUGCCGCAUUUGGUUGACGGUUAGCCGAUAAUUAAUCGUGCCUGUUGUUCGUGCGGCAAUCGCGCUACCUCCAGGAAGGACAAGUACAAGGACGGGCUAGCACAAAAAGGAAACGGCGGUGCCUGUGCGGUACGUUUCGGAUACUGAAACCGGUCGGUUUGCUUGCGCAAACUGUUUUUGAACGUGCGAAGAUGCAGGUGCUAAGCAAGAUGACUCCGGUGCCCGUCACCUGCCUGGAGUAUGUGCAUCCAUGGACGCAAUCGUGCACACUGGCAACGGCGGAACUAAUGGUCGUCGGUGUGCAGUACUGCCUUCGAAUAUAUGCUGCAGUGUAUGCGCUCUCUCUCAUAAUGCGUGGCCGCAUACCAACGCUGCCAGAGCUAAAGAAGACACUACGCGGUUGGCUCCAAUCGACCGCUUUCCUAACAACCAAUGCCUUUAGCUAUUCGAUGCUUAUGUGCAGCAUACGACGAGUGAUGGGAAAUUAUAACUUCUACACAGCAUCGUACGUGCCGGCAUUCCUAGCGGCUCUCAUUUCCAUCAUGGUGGAACGUUCUUCCAGGCGAGCGAUGUUGGCACUGUACGUGUCCAAUGUGGCUACCGAAACCAUGUGGAAUAUAUUGCAGUCCCGAGGGUACGUCAGAUCCAUCCCACACGGUGAGAUCGCCAUCUUCGGACUGUCCACCUCGGUGCUGAUGUACUGCUUCCGGAAAAAUCGCCAAGAAGCGUACCGGGACUCAAUGUUUGAUGUUGUGCGGUUUGCGAUUGGCGACAGUGAGGUGAUGAAGGUGGCACCGGUUCCCGCGGCAGCAGAGGAACCAACACCAACCACCCGUGAACCAAACACACGUGUUUCGAAGGGCCCGAAAUAUCCGUUGCCAUUCAUACAGGCUGUGCUGAAAGCCUAUCUACAGCUGACCGGACGCCUGAAGUCGAUGGGAAAGCAUAAAUUGUGUCGCCAUCGUCACGGAUGCCUUUACGAUACGCUCUCUAGCGGUACGCGCAUGUUUUCGAUCGGUCUUGGCAUACAAGUCGUGAUGAAAACGGUGCUCCAGAUGCGAAAGUUCAUUAGCCGCCCGGCAUUGAUACGUAAAACGUUCCUUAACAAGGAUAUAGCUCGAUUGGGUCUAUUCCUUGGUGGAUUCACCUCUAUUUAUAAGAUGUCUUCCUGUCUGCUACGUCAUUUUACUGACAGUGACAGUCCAAUGUUUGCCUUCCCUAGCGGACUUUUAGCUAGUGUCGCAUUCGCCUUCUACUCUGACAACACGAUUGCCUUGUACAUUAUGUGGAAAACGUUACAGAUAACGUACAACUGGGGUAUAGAGAAAGGUUACUUACCACGGGUGCCCGGAUUCACCGUCAUGCUGUACGCUGCCAGUACGGCGCUAUUAUUUCACGCUGCCACAAUCGAACCGGAAAAUUUGCGGCCCAGCUACUGGAAAUUUUUACACUCCAUCUCUGGUGGAAGGAUUUGCAUCAUGGAUCGUAGCGGGUUCGAUGUGUACGGUUUGGACACUUCCGGGCAAAUCCGUACAAUGAUGCAGCUGUGCAAAACGGAACCAAUCCUACAGGGACAAUUAAGCUGAGAAGCGGUACGUGAACCGUCUCCGCUUACAGAAAUGUAAUUUCUGUUCGACUUCCAAAUCCAUAAACGGCACUGUUAACAGUGUGUUUACAAAGCUUUGAGCUACGGGGCAUAGGGGUUUAACAAAAAUGAAAUAACGAAAUCAAAGAUUAGUUAACACGAACGAACAGUCCAGCAAAUGUGACAACGUUUUUGCUUUUUAAACGCUACGUAGUUGUCGCUACGUAGUUGUCGUACGGCUUUUUACGCUAGCAUACGCAUCAAUUAUCACAGAGAAGGUAACUAGCGCACUUAAGCAAAUGCGGGUACAGUAGGAUUAAAAACGUAAUUCAAUUACUUGUUAAGCGGGUGAUGUUUAUGUUUGUUGCUUUUGUUACUUUUGAAUCGUGCAUGUUUUCUUGUUUUUAGUUUAGGAAAAAUGUUUAAAAAGGGAUAAGUUUCGUUGUACUCGUAUAAUUGAAUGACA